CGGAGGCGUCGCGCGCAGCUUCCACACCAGAAAAAGGUGAUGAGGCAUCGCGGCUGAACAUGGAGCUUCUCUGGAUUGUAUUCUUCUCCGUGCUGCAGCGCUUCACACAAGCGCAGGGGGUUUACGCUCCUGCGAACGCCCAGAUUGUUCACUCUGGCCAGGCGUGUGUGGUGAAGGAGGAUAACAUCAGCGAGAGGAUCUACACCAUUCGCGAAGGUGACACGCUCGUGCUCCAGUGCCUGGUUAAGGGACAUCCGCGGCCGCAGGUACGGUGGACCAAGACAGCAGGCAGCGCGUCAGACAAGUUCCAAGACACACCGAUCUUCAAUGAAACCCUGCGCAUCGACAACAUCCAGAGGGUGCAGGGAGGCCGCUACUACUGCAAGGCCGAGAACGGGGUUGGGGUGGCUGCCAUCAAGUCCAUCCGGGUAGAUGUGCAAUACUUGGAUAAACCCAUGCUCACGGUACACCAGACGAUCAGCGAUGUGAGAGGAAACUACUACCAGGAGAAGACUGUGUUUCUGCGCUGCACCGUCAACUCCAACCCUCCGGCUCGCUUCAUCUGGAAACGAGGCAGUGUUCCGAUCGAGCAGAGCAAAGACAACGGUGUGGACAUCUACGAGCCUUUAUACACGCAGGGUGAAACUAAGGUGCUAAAGCUGAAGAAUCUCAGGCCUCAGGACUUUGCAAACUACACAUGCCAGGUGUCCGUCCGCAACGUCUGUGACAUACCAGACACAUCAGUUACCUUCCGGUUAACAAACGCCACCAGUCCUCCAGCCUUAAAGCUCUCGGUCAACGAGACCUAUGUGGUGGACCCGGGCCAGGAUAUCACCAUGUCGUGUGAGGUCAUAGCCGGGUUCCCGACACCCACCGUGACAUGGACGCGAUACCCCGGCCCCCUGCCGCGUCGCUCCAUCGUUCGCGGCGGAUCUCUGACGCUGCGCUCGGUCACUCCGGCCGAGUCGGGGUUCUACAACUGCACCGCCGUUAACAAUGUCGGAAACCCAGCCAGGAGAAACGUCAACCUUAUCGUUCGAUCAAUGAAGAACCUGACAUUCCAGAUCACGCCCGAUUCGAACAAGGACGGUGAGAGCAUCCAGAUGGGCCGUGACCUCAAGCUGUCAUGCCACGUCGAUGCCCAGCCCCAGGAUAAAGUCAACUACACGUGGUACAAAAACGCCGCCCCCGUGUCUCCAUCAGACAGCCUCAUUGUGCUGCGCAGUGACCCCGACAUGCCCCCUGGCACCAGCAGCCUGGAGAUCGUAGACAUGAAGUUCCGAGAUCAAGCCACCUACAGCUGCGUGGCCAACUUCCCCGGCAGUAAUGUUCCCGAGCUCCGAGUCGACGUCAAUAUCACACAAAGCAGUGUAAUUCCUCCAGUCUUGACCGUACCUGUGGGUGGAAGUGUGGUCAACGUAAGCGAAGGUGGGAACGCCGAGAUGGUGUGCCUGGUUGAGGGUAAACCUCGCCCCCCAGUCCUCUGGUCUCGGGCCAACAAAGACAUGCCCAUGCCAUCGGGUGAAUGGAUGACGGAAACCCGAGACGGACGCCUUCGUCUCACGAACGUCACGCGGGAUAUGGCAGGGACGUACCGAUGCCAAACGGCUCCCUACAACGGCCUCAACAUCAAACGCAGACUCGGACACGUGCAACUCAAUGUGGAGUACCCUCCUGUGGUGGACCCAGUCUUACAAGAGGUUCGCUCCCCCAACUACAAGACGGUCAUUCUGCGUUGCAUGGUUCUCAAAUCCAAUCCAAACCGCGUAGCCAGUGCACGUUGGUAUCGGAACACGAUUCCGAUCCGGACGCCUGCCGUGGACCCUCAAGACGUUCCUCAGCUCCGCUUCAUCCUUGAUCCCACCAACAAUGGCACGUACGAGUGUAAAGUCAACAACGGGGUCGGCACUUCCACGUGCACCUAUGUCGUCUCAGCUCGACCAUACGUGGCGGAAUUUUACUUUGACACGCCAAACCCCAUCCGCAUCCUGAAGGGCAACAACUACUCCUAUAACCUGCAGUGGACGCAGAAGGAACCGAACACGACGGACAAAGUUAUCGGAUAUGGAUUUAGCGUGCUACAGAAUGGGCAAAAGGUGAUGUCCAAGCAGCUCAACACCAAAGAGCCAAUCAAAGGCGUGCUGAUGUCACACGUCUUGACCGACUUGCGCAUCCCUCUGUCCUACGAGGUGGGCCUCACUCCCAUCACCGCCUUCGGUACUGGGGACACCGUCACCCGGACCAUCCAGUACUCAGAGCCCUACACUUAUCCCAGACCUUCAGAUCACGUGUGCGGGUUCGAGGAUGUCCGGAUUUGUGGCUUCUCGCAGGAUCGCAGUGACGUGUUCGACUGGACCCGACAAAAUCAUUUGAGUCAAAACCCCAAGCGCUCAGUCAACACAGGUCCUGACAUGGACAGGAGUGGGACCAAAGACGGUUAUUACAUGUACAUCGAGACCUCGCGUCCACGUCAGAAAGGAGACAAGGCUCGUCUCCUGUCUCCGCUUUACAACGUCACAGCUGCACGAGGUCCCUCGGGCUCUGGCAGAGUGCCGUACUGCGUCUCCUUCUUUUACCACAUGAAUGGAAAACACAUCGGAACUCUGAACGUUCUCCUGCGAGUGAAGGGCAUCGCCACAGUGGACUCUUUAGUGUGGACACUCUCAGGCUACCAAGGUCCCAACUGGAGGAAGGCUAAUGUUGUGGUGUAUCCCAGUGGGCCAUUCCAGGUUGUGUUCGAGGGCAUCCGUGGUGAUGGGUUUGAGGGCGACAUCGCUAUCGACGAUGUCUCCGUCACUAAAGGGAAAUGCAAGCAGGAGAAGCUCCCUGAAACAGACGUGCUUCCAGGGGCAGCCCGAAGCCUUCGCCCUGUUACCCGGACCGAGUUGCUUGUUACCUCCAUGUGCCUCUACAUCCUGCUCUUCUACAGAUGAUGGACGAUACACCUGUUCAUCCCCCACGCACCUGCUGAACCCCUCCUGUGGCAUCAACCAACACUGCCCAGAUAUGUCCCUUUCCUUUCCUUCCCUUUUCUUCCCUUCUCUUCUUUUUAACCACUGUUCCUGUCAUUUACACCCCUUCACCACCUUUUCCAUGCUUUUCUUCCAUGCUUGAUCACCCUUGACCACUUGCACUUUCCAUACUAUUUAUCUCUCUGGCUUUUUGUUUCUCUUUUCAAUCGAUUAAAUUCUUUCCAUCUUCCCCUCGGUUUUGACUCGAAUAAUAUUCGUAUCAUUUGCAUCCGUUCAGUGUAUUAACCCCUCUUCCCACCCACCUUGUUUCCUCUCUUUCCUCUGCCCCCCCCUGUGUUGCUGACACACCAAAGUGUCAAUUAAUGCUACCAAAGAUGAUGGCGGUUCUGCAGAUGAUGUGGAAAGUCGGGGCAAAUAGCACCGGAAGGCUGAAUCGCCUGAAGGGCUAAAUUGCCCGUUUUUUUUACAACGACUCUCGCAAUGGUGAAGACGUGAGAAUGGCCACAAGGAACGAGACAAAACCUCUCGCCGGACUCAGAAUGCGCCGACUACAAGAGAGCAUGUACAGAAACAUGUAUAUGAUAUAUUUACCUAAGUAUCAACACAUGGACUGCUGAGACUAAUCAAGACUAAAGUUAAAGUAAAGAAGCACAAAUUUAUAUGCUUUUUUUUUUUUUUUUUUUUUGAAUUAUUACGAUUACUUUGGUUUCCCUGUGUGGUAUUUUUGUCCAACGACAAAUUUGCUGUAUGCCUUCGUCCCUUAUUAUAAAUGACAUUUCCUGCCUUGCUGCUGAACAAAAUAGUGGCUGAACUAUACAUCGGGACGUGUCUACCCGCACCGCGACGGCAACCCGUAUUAUAUGUAUACGUAAAACCGCAUGUUGAACAUCGGUGCCGAUCGGGGGGACGGACUAACGGAUGCUCGAUUUGACUUCUCAGAGGAGCAUGAGGUCCAUGAGGACUCCCGAUGACGAACUUCCUAGAAGGUCAUGUGCAUGCUCCACGUUUCGGACUUGGUGAUCGAAUAGCGACGAGAAAUGAACAAAAAAAAGUUGCUGAAGAGGAUUUGUAUUGGCCAAGGUGCAUCCUAGCAUUUCGACAUCUGCUGCUAAAAAAUGUCCGGGUUUGUUUCGUGCUUUGUGAAAGCGCGGACGCUCGGGAACACGGGACUCAAAGUUUUGGCACAAAGAAAAAAGUUUGAUGGAAGUUCUCAUCGGAAAAAACAAAUAAACAACGAACGCCGACAUUUCAUAUGAAGCAAUACAGCAUAAUAACAAUUCUACGACGCUGAGCAUUUUAGUGUUGUGAAUAUGUACCACUGUCAUAGUUUAUGCUUUGAGCAACAAAGACAUUAUCAUGUGCUUCGUUCAGACA